CAUAGAUAUCUGCGUCUUGCACCAUCAUCAUCUAGUGUUCAAGUUCUUCGUUCUUAUUCCAUCAGUAUUGGACGAUUAAGUUGAAGUGUUUUGUGUAAAGAUUCUCAUUCCUCCUGCACCAUCAUCAUCCUCUCCCAUUUGGAGUUGCAGUCACAACAAGUCACAGCAACCAUUAUCAUCACCAAAUAAUAUCAUCACAUUCUUGUGUUGUGUUGGAGAUCAUUACGCACCAAAUAAUUUAAUAUAAAGAACACACAAACACAUUUGAGUAGCAACAGACAUAAGAGAUACAAAAAUUGAGUGCACUCAGUCAAUGCAUCAAAUACCCAAUUUUAAUUGAAAUAUAUCAAAGCUUAUACCCUCUUGUGGCACCACAUCAGAAUUAAUUUGUAAUACGGAAGCGACGACUGCUCCAUCACGACUACUAAUAGUUGAUCAAGAACAAUAAUACCUUCACUCCUCUACUUGAUAAAUAUGCAGAACCAGCAACAUACUGGUCAUAAUCUCUAUCAACAUCAACAACAAAUAAUAACAAAUUCACCAUCACCACAAUCCUCUAAUUUACCAAUUACUAAUCAAAUUACUGCAGUAGGAGUCCAUAAUAAUAAUAAUACCAACAUGAUGAUGACAGUCUCCACUACCAAUAACAAUUCUGUUACCUCUAAUAAUCUCUAUGCAACAACAUCAUCACGUCCAACAACUCCUUCCUCCCUACACCAUCAUCAGCAGCAAGUCGUGUCAAGUUCAUGGCCAAUGAAUUUUCAGCAACAACACACAUUUAGCAACAGUAAUGGGAAUGUAGUACAACAACAUCAUCAACCACCUCCUCAACAGUUUAGAACUGUUGCUCAACCACAACAACAACACGGAGGGUCAGGUUAUCAUAUUCCACAACAACAGCAACAACUUGGCAAUAACUCUGUUGGGUUUAAUACAGGGAAUUCGAAUAAUCAUCAUCAGGGUUUAUAUAAUAAUCAACAACAAAACAUGUUCAAUAGUUUAAUGCAGCAACAAAUCAAUACUAACAUGAUGAACAAUAAUUAUCCAAUGUCAUCUAAUCAAUCCUAUAAUCAACUUUCUUCCAAUUUUAAUAAUACCAAUAGCAACAAUAAUAAUAUGAAUAAUCUUAAUGGUAGUAAUUACCAAGUCAUGAUGGGUAAUCAAUCCAUUGAUACAUCUCAUCAUCACGUGCAAAAUAAUUCAUCUAAUAAUUUAGUUUCGUCUGAUGCAUUGAUCAUUCAACAGAAUCAAACACCACUUCAACACCAAUUACAAAAUUCUUCCACUCCAACACCAACUCGUAUUGUUGAUGGAGAUAAUAUAUUCUCUGUGAAUAGUUUCUUUCGACUUUCCAAUAAUGACAAUGGCAAUGCUAUGAAACAUGCACCAAAUUCUACUCCUCUACCUUCAACUACAACUGCCAUGCAACAAUCAUCCAAUCCAAGUGUUGGUUCCAGAGUCCUAGUGCAAAAUUCCACUUCAGCAACACCCAUUUCGUUUACAACGCCCACAAUGGUAAAAGCCCAAAAUAAUACCCAACCAAAAUGGACAAUACAACAAACAACCAUAGUUCAACCAACACUUGUAAAACCUGAAACCAGUCCUACUAAUAGCCAACAACAACCAACUGCAACUGCAGUGGAUUCUCAGCCAAAUGAAGAGGAAACCGGAGGAGAUGCUUCUCAAGAAGCAGGGCAAAAAGGUGGAAUUAAAAUUACUAGAAAUAUUCGAGCAGAUACAAGUGUAACACCAAACGAACCUGUAGAAUAUCCAAAACAUGGAAUUUUAUACAUUUACAAUGUUGAGAAUUGGACAGAUAAGAAUAGUUUUUAUGAUAAGAUUGCUUAUUCAUUUGGCACUCCAUCCACUCAAAAGAAAGUUCAUUGUAGUUAUUUGAAUUGUAAAGUAAUGCAUUAUGAAAGAACAUGUCAGGGUGUUUAUUAUUGUCCUCACAAGGAUGAUGACAGUGAAUCGUGUAUUGUUAGACCAUGUAGAUUGAGAUUUCACACUUGUCAGAAACAUAACAAUAAUUCAUUGACAAAGAGUGGAAAGUGUCCUUUCAAGUUACAUUUCUAUGUACCACUUGAUAAGGCUGAUAACAGAAGAUUAUUACUUUGUCUUGGAACGCAUAACCAUCCUUUACUGAGUGAAUCAGAUGGUGCAAUUGUUGCAUCACAAACAACGGAAAAGAAAGCAAAGCAAAGCAAAUCUUCAUCGACAGUUAUUAACCUCAAUCAAGAAUCAAAGCCAACAACACCCCAAAAUAUUCAAUCAAGUACAGGCAAUACCAGCACUAAUGUCAGUUCUUAUCAAGAAACUAAACAACCAAUGUCUAGAGUAUCGUCAAGUAAUAGUGUUCAAUCAGCAUCAAAACUGAAACCAAACAUACCAAAUAUGAUGCCUCCAUCAUCAGUGAAUGUAAAUGAUAACAUUCUAACAAGUGCAUCUCAUAAGGUGUUGAAUUACAAUCAAAAUCCUAAUAAUUAUAUAAUGAGCAGUAUGCCAAAUACUAUUCCAAAUAACAUGCCAAACAAUAUGAAUAGUAUGCCAAGUAAUAUGUCAAGUAACAUAUCAAACGGUAUGAAUGGUAUGCCAAAUGGUAUUCCAAACAAUAUUACAAAUAUGCAAAAUAACAUGUCAUCUGGAAUGCCUCCUAACAUGAUGAAUAAUAUUCCUAAUACUAUUCCAAAUAAUAUGAUGGGUAGUAACAUGCCACCAAGCAUGUCCAGUAAUAAUAACUUGAUGAAUAUUCCACAAAACCUUAUUGGAAAUAUUGGAAAUAGCAAUAUGAACACUAAUAUUCAUCAUGGUUCUCUGCUCACUGCUAAUAAUAAUUCAUCUCUUUCAAAUUGUUAUCCAAGUGCAUCUGAUACUCUGAUGAACCCACCUCCAAAAUCAACUCAAUCAUCAUCACUACACAAUAUGGCUUCACUUCACAGAUCUGCAAGUCAAGAAAUUUUAACAAGUAGUAUUGCUAGUGGUACUGGUCUAAGUCCACCUGCUCAUCACCAUUCAUCUCCACUUGGAGGCCGAUCGCCAAAUUUAUCACCACCUUACUCUUAUUCAUCACCUAAUCAAUAUUCUUCAAACAAGUCAAAUGUUCCUUCCUAUCCACAAUCUCAAAUGCCUUCAAUUCAAUCAUCAACAACAACAAUGAAUAGCAUUGGCUCCAAUUCCAACAUUUCAAAUACCACCACUACCCCUAAAAAGUUUACUUCUCUAUUUCAACCUAGUGAUUAUUUACAACAUGUUUCAAAACCUCCAUCCUAUUCAAAACCAACCUCUACAAAUACUACUUUAGGUGAAAGUGAUCCAAAGAGAUCUUCCUCACUCAUGUCAUCCUCUCCAAAUUUUAUGUCAUCUUCAAGUCCUUCAUUAUAUAGUUUCUCAAAUUCUCCUUCUCCUAGAAUUGACCGUAGAAGUCCUUCCUAUCAUACCAAUCCAACAAGUCCUUCACCACCUCAUAUGUUAGUAUCCCCAAUGACAGGAUUUCCAUCUCUUUCUCCAUCCUAUUUCUAUGAUAAUCCUUCACCUUCUCAUUCCUCACCUCAACAAACAAUUCCUCAAUCACCAAGCCAAUUAAUUUACAAGACAGAUACAAGUGGUGGAAUUAAGAGAGAAAGACUUUAUGCAAAUGACAAUACAAAUAUUAAAAAGGUAAAACAAGAAGAAGAUAGUGUUUUACCUCCAAUAGAAUCCAUAGUUGAUUAA